GAAAAAACAGUGCAAACAAAGCGAGAAAGUCGCCGAAAAUCGAGUGAAAUAUUCCUCAAAAGGACUUGAAAAUACAUUUAAAACAUAAAUUAACGUCUCAUACAACGCAGGAGAUUCAAGACGAGAAGAGAUUUGUGCGGAUUUCUUAAAAAACAACGAAGCAAUGAACGGCGGAUAUCAAUCGGGCGAUGGAGCUGCUACGAAAUCAGCAAGUCCCAGGAGUGAAAGAAGCGGAGACAGUUAUGACGAUGAAAGUCCCAAAAAGAAAUCCAAAAAAGAUCAAUGGAGUCCGCCUAUACCAUUUAUUUCUGCUCCUAUUUAUGAAAUGAAGCAAACGGGCGAUGUUGCAUUUGGUCCGGGAACGAGAUCUGCGCUUUUGGGAUUGCUCGGAGGAGCUUUACCUCGUUUGGCAUCCGAUCAACAUGAAAUUGUGACGAAGGCGAAAAAGUACGCGAUGGAACAAAGUAUUAAAAUGGUGUUGAUGAAACAAACAAUUGCACAUCAACAACAACAACUGGCAAGUCAACGUACACAGGUUCAGAGACAACAGGCAUUAGCAUUAAUGUGCAGAGUUUAUGUUGGCAGUAUUUCGUUCGAAUUGAAGGAGGAUACGAUUCGAGCGGCGUUUCUACCUUUUGGUCCUAUCAAAUCGAUCAACAUGUCAUGGGAUCCUGUAACUCAAAAGCACAAAGGCUUCGCUUUUGUCGAAUACGAGAUCCCUGAAGGAGCUCAACUCGCGUUAGAACAAAUGAAUGGCGCUAUGCUCGGAGGUAGAAACAUCAAAGUAGGUCGACCAAGCAAUAUGCCUCAAGCGCAACAAGUUAUCGACGAGAUUCAAGAAGAAGCGAAAAAUUACAAUCGAAUUUACAUUGCCUCGAUUCAUCCGGAUUUGACAGAAGAAGAUAUCAAGAGUGUAUUUGAAGCAUUCGGCCCGAUUAUUUUCUGUAAACUUUCACAAGGCAGCACUAUUCACAGUCACAAGGGAUACGGAUUCAUCGAAUAUCAAACGACACAAGCAGCUUUGGAAUCUAUUGCGAGCAUGAAUAUGUUCGAUUUGGGAGGACAAUUGUUGAGAGUUGGAAGAUCAAUUACGCCUCCAAAUGCGUUAAUGGGUCCUGCAACGAGUUCAACGAUGCCAACUGCAGCAGCUGUUGCUGCUGCUGCCGCAACAGCGAAAAUUCAGGCGCUUGACGCAGUCGCAACUAAUGCCGUACUUGGAUUAUCGGGAGGAACAACACAACCCGUUUUGAAUCCAUUGCAACAAUUAAAUCCAUUACUCGCACAAGCAACAAAUCCCUUACUCGCUGCUUCUGCUGUGCAUCAAAACCCUCUCGCAACUGUCGUAACACAAGCAAUUCAACCAUCUAUUAUGCAAGUAUCACAACCCGUUCAAGUAUUAGCACAGCAAACGAUUACACAUCCGGGGGGUGUUAUUGUUCCUCCUCCUCCGAUGAUAGUUGCUCCGGCAUUGGGAAAACCUGCUCCUCUUCCCGUUGUUCCUGUUACUCCUGUUGCUCUUGAAACGCCAGCAACAACAGUUUCUACGCCUUCUAAUGGCGUAAAUACCGCCGUUGUUGAAGAAAUUCAAAAGAAACUCAUGGAUGAAGCAGAGCCUCAAACGUUACAACAACAAGAAUCCAUGUCAAUUAAGGGACAAAGUGCUCGUCAUCUCGUCAUGCAACGAUUAAUGAGACCACGCGAAAGUAAAACCGUAAUUCUGAGGAAUAUGGUAGGCCCGGAAGAUGUCGACGAAGAACUCGAAGUUGAUAUUAAGUCGGAAUGCAAGAAACACGGAACUGUCGAACGUGUUGUCAUCUACAAAGAAAAGCAAUCAGAAAAUGAUGAUGAUGCUGAGAUCAUUGUAAAAAUUUUUGUCGAAUUUUCGGCGUCGUUUCAAGCAGAACUCGCACGAGAUUCACUCAAUGGCAGAUAUUUUGCCGGUAGACUCGUCAAAGCGGAGUUGUACGAUCAAGCACUAUUUGAUCAUCAGGACUAUUCGGGUUAAGAAAUCCAUCCAUCUACAUCACACGCGACGCGAGAUAUUAACAGCUUAAGUGAAGCUCAAAGAUUUUAUUAUUUAUUUUAAGGUCAAACCAGUUUACUUCUACUUCUUUAUCUAAAUAUAAAAAAAACUAAAUAAAUACUUCAACAGUAUCCCAAUUCAUUCGUGAGACAGGAAUAAACCAUUUUAUUAAGGAACAAAAAUAUUUAAAAAAAAACAAUAUUUUGUCUAUCCAAUCUUUUUUAUUGUUAGCUAAAAUAUUUACAAAGUGAAACUGAAGAAGCAACCUAAUAAAUGUUUUAAGAAUCUA